UUAUGAGAUUAUCAUAACAACCUACAAUAAGCUAAUAAACAUUUAGUUUUGGUCCAGCAAAUUCAUUCAUAUAAAGAGCAUAAUAAACUUAGCCAAUCAUUAGAGUAAAUUAACCAUGUUUCAGAGUCUAUACAUAACCUAUGCAAAAUAAGAGAUAAUCUAAAAGUCCUUUCAAAAGAGGAUAUGAUACCUAAGAAGAAAACAGAACUUUAAAAAUGUACAUAUAAUAAAUGGAAUAAACAUUGGCAAAUCUUUAACAAAAGUAUUUCAUUAUUAAUAGGAUUAGCAAUAAAAGACUCUUACUUUAAUAAUAAUUAAAGGAAAAUUCUCAUUAACGAGAUGAAAUUUAGAAACUUAAAACUGAAAUAUCCACUGAACUUGCAGAAAGAGCUUAUUUAGAAAAGGUUUGUUAGAAAUUAUGA